AUGCCGCCGCGCAAAUCGGAUGCGCGCAAGAGCGACGCCCCGGUCGUCGUCGCGGCACCACCUCCUCCUCCUCCUCCAUCGUCAGCAUCACCAGCGGCUCCGGCUCCGGCUCCGGCACGGACUGCGCCCGACGACGACAAUGACACCAGCACGCCCCAAACGCCGGGCAACGGCCAGGCCCAGCAGCCUGCGGCCUCGUCGGACAAGAGAGACAAGGACAAGGACGCAGUCACCAUUGAAGACCUGACGCUGCCCAAGUCAAUCAUCACGCGGCUGGCAAAGGGAGUCUUGCCGCCAAACACCCAGAUCCAGGCCAAUGCCAUCCUGGCCAUGAGCAAGGGCGCCACCGUCUUCAUCAGCUACCUGGCUUCGCAGGCCAACGAGCAUACCACCAGUGCCAACAAAAAGACCAUUUCCCCCGCCGACGUCUUCAAGGCCCUCGAUGACACCGAGUUUGGCUUUUUGCGCGCGCCUCUCGAGGCCGAGUUUGCGAAAUACAACGCCGUGCAGACGGAGAAGCGGUCGUCGUACCGGCAAAAGGUCCGGGCGGCCAAGGACGGCCCCUCCAAGGGCGACGACACCGACCUGGCCGACACGACGGCGGCGUCGGAGCCAGCCGCCAAGCGGCCCCGCGUAGCGUCGCGCGACAACGCUGAGACGGAAGACGAGGACGAGCCCGACGCCGAGGACGACGACGACGAUGAGGAUGAGGACGAAGAUGAGGACGAAGAUGAAGAGGAGUAUGAGGAAGCGGCAGGGGCGAGCGGGGAUGAGACGCAGGAUGCGCUCGAGUCGCGGGCCGAGGAGGGCGAUGACGAGCCGGACGAGGCCUUGGAUGGAGACGAGAGCGACUGA